CCCGCGUCGCCCCCGGCCCGCGGGCCAUGUCCGGCCGGCCCUGAGCGCGGCCCGGGGGGCGUCCCGUUGCCCCGGGCCCCGCGCUGGCGCCCCCCGGGCCGCUGCCCGCCGCGGGGGCCAUGGCGUUCACCUUCGCCGCGUUCUGCUACAUGCUCACCCUGGUGCUCUGCGCCUCCCUCAUCUUCUUUGUCAUCUGGCACAUCAUAGCCUUUGACGAGCUGCGGACCGACUUCAAGAACCCCAUCGACCAGGGGAACCCGGCGCGGGCACGCGAGCGCUUGAAAAACAUCGAGCGCAUCUGCUGCCUCCUGCGGAAGCUGGUGGUCCCAGAAUAUUCCAUCCACGGCCUCUUCUGCCUGAUGUUCCUCUGCGCGGCCGAGUGGGUGACCCUGGGCCUCAACAUCCCCCUCCUCUUCUACCACCUCUGGAGGUACUUCCACCGCCCUGCCGACGGCUCCGAGGCCAUGUAUGACGCAGUCUCCAUCAUGAACGCGGACAUCCUCAACUACUGCCAGAAGGAGUCCUGGUGCAAACUCGCCUUCUACCUGCUCUCCUUCUUCUAUUAUCUGUACAGUAUGGUUUAUACGUUGGUGAGUUUCUAAGGGGGAAGCCGGCCAGGGAGCGAGCCCAGAACGGACCGGACGCCUGUGCACCCCCAGCCCUGCCCCUCGGCAUAGAGGCCUCAGCCCUGAGGAGGGAGGGGGCACUGGUGCCCCCCCCACCUACUCUCUACCCCCAAACUGCUGCUGCGGGGACCCCCGCCUUCAGAGCCCUGCUCUCGGACUAGAGCCAGGCAGGGCUCUCUGCCAGCCUGCGGGCACCGGGUCAGUCCUGGGGGGGCAGGACCUCUGGCCUGGCCCACUUGGGGGGGGAACCUGGGCUCUGCCAAGGGGCAGAGCCUGACCUGAGGUCAUUCCCCUCCACACCCACCCUGAGGCUCCCCCUGCAGGUGGGGGCCACCCACACCAGGAAUGAGCAGGCUCAGCAGGGGGGUAGCCCCACCCCUAGUCUGCCCUCUCCCCUCCCCCAGGCUCUCUCCCAACAAACCCCUCCCCUGUCCCCUUGUGCCCCUGUUCCCAUCCUCCACCUUGUGGCCCCUUUUCUAUGUUGCCUGGGGGAGUCCGGCACCCCCUCCCCGGCCAUUUGUGAGAAAAUAUGAAUAAACUACUGCAAUCAUGUA